AGCGGCCCUGAAUGCGUCUGACUUCCACAGAGCAGCAGCAGCAGCAGAGACACCGCCCAGACAGAGACGCUCAACACGGACACACAGUCGAUCAAACCCGGGUUUUUUAACAGAAAGAGGUCUGAUUAUAUGUGAGGAUGAAUAUAAUCACUGUGAUUGUGCUUUUGGGGACAGGACUGACGGUGAAAUGUGAGAGGCAUUCCCUCACUUACAUCUACACAGCCUUCUCCGGCAAACCUGUCGGAUUCCCGGGCCUCCACGAGUUCACCGCCAUGGGUCUGCUGGACGACAAGAUGAUCGAUUACUUUGACAGCGACUACCAGGUGAAGGUUCCCAAACAGGACUGGAUGAAAGAGCGACUGUCUCCGGAAUACUGGGAGAAGGGCACCCAGUCCCGCCAGAGCAAGCAGCAGUGGUUCAAAGUCAACAUCAACAUCCUGAUGGAACGGAUGAGACAGAAUGUGACGGGUUCAGACCUCCACGUUCUUCAGUGGAUGCACGGUUGCGAGGGCGUCAGGCAGCCCGACGGCAAAAUCCAGUUCAAGCGUGGCCUCGACAUGUACAGCUACGACGGGGACGACUUCCUGUCCUUCGACGACUCCAACGGGGUCUGGUUCGCCCCGGUUCAAGAGGCGAUCCAGACCAAGAGGAAGUGGGAUGACGUCCAGGUGCUGAAAGAAUACACCAAAGGCUACCUGGAGAACGAGUGCAUCAAAUGGAUGGGAGAGUUCAUGACCUAUCAGGAAGAGAAGAUAAAAAACGCCACUGCUCCAGCGAUGUACGUGUACACAAAGAACACCAACAUUGAGCAACACGUCAUUCUGAAUUGCCUGGCCACAGGUUUCUACCCAAAAGAGAUUGAACUGAAGAUCUUAAGGAGCGGCCGCGCUUUAACUCAAGACGACGGACUGAAAUCUACGGGUACUCUACCAAACGGAGACGAGACCUUCCAGAGAAGAGACAGCGUGGAGAUCUUAAGGACUGACCAGUCUCAUUACAUCUGCCAAGUGAGACACCCUGCAUCCGGGAUGUUUGCUGAGAAGGAAUGGGAUCAUACACUUCCUGCUCAGUCUCCAGGACCCAUCAUUGGUGUGGCCGCAGUGGGCCUGAUCCUGCUCCUGACUGGUGUGAUUCUGAUCGUUUUGUAUAAAACGGGUGUUAUCGGGGGUUGGAAUGGAAAAAGAGGCUCAAAUCCGUCUCUCGACAGCGAUGACUCUGAAAAAAAACUUAAAGAGGUAUCAUCUCCCUCAAGCUCCAGUUCGUCUCUCGACAGCGAUGAAGCUAAGGUACCACUUAAUGGGAUAGCAACUAUCUCAACCGAUGCCAACCAACCCGCCAGCCCCGAGUCCAACGGCCUCCUGCAGAACAACUCAGACGUGAACUGCUAAAGUCUGCAAAUAACAUGAUGAGCACAUCAAGACUUCCUCUACUCUCUGGAAAUUAACCAACUGAUCAAAUAACUUCUACUGGGAAAGACUUUAUAAGGGGAAAUUUUGAAAAUAAUCAACAACAACAAAUCAACAUGGUCUUGUAGCAGCUAAAAAAAACAACCCGGAUCAGCACCAAAAUUUAGUUCUACUGCUUGAUUCAAACGGGUAAAAACUAUAAUGAGCUUAUUGUUCAGGAGGAGGAAGGAAAUUCAGGAAAGUGAUUAGAAAAGUAAGUGAUUCAACAAUUAGUAAUCCAGAGAAAAUACGUUUGUUAGUUAGGGAUGCACCGACCCGAUACUGACAACGGCCACAAUCAAGCUGACGACAAUCAGCUGUUUGUUUGCAUCUAAAAUGAAAUAUCUACGGAAAUAUUAUUACACAAAGUUAGAAAAGUAAUGUCUAAGUCAGGCCCUAACCCUUCCACACACAGUGAGGCAUACAGAUUGUUAAUUAAACGCUGGUGUCGGAUGGGUACUCGGUGUCUGACGAUAGCGAUGCCCAGGUAUCGAUAUCAAUCAAUCAUUCGGGACUGAAGACGUUGGCUCGGUGCAUCCCUAGUGAGUUUGACUCCAAACCAAACGUUUGUUUGUGCUCAUCAGGGACUUUGUGAGGUCAGGGAUGUUUAAAAAGAGGGAGGGAAUGUUUGCGAUAAUUGAAUGAUGAUAAUAAUGGCAGUAAUAGUAGAAAUGUGUCUACUAAUACUAUUAAUAACAGAAUUAGUGGGUAUAAUAGAAUAAUGAUAGGAAUAGCAGUGUAGCCAGGAUCCAGGUGUAACCACCGUCUUUUGAUACCUUCUCCGGGGAAGAAGCCAAGUUAGAAACAUCCAUUAAUGGGACAUGAAUGUUAUCAGAUGUAGAAGAGGAGGAGGAGGGAGGAGCUCAGUGUUUAUAGGAAGUCCCCCCUUUAGUCUGGGUCAGGUCUAAGAUAGCGUACAAAAGUACAAUUUUGAAAGGACCACUUAGGUUGCCUUUGUUUAAUUUAAUCAUUUAACUACUGAAAGUAGACUUCUCAUUACUUCUUAAAUCCUAAAAGGAAAACAAAUGUUUCAUUUCUGUUUUGGUCUUCAUUUGGUUUCAGUUUCUGUCGGUAUGUUAUGUCGCUGAAUUGAGACUUGCUUUGCAAAAGCAAAAUCUGCACUUUUUAAAUGAAAUGAAAAUGAAAAAAUUACAAUUUGUGUUUGUUGCGGAUUAUGUUAAUUGAGGGAGUUUUCAAAGUCUACAAGACUAGAAACAUUUAAAACUCACUUUGUGUGAUUUGUAGUAAAGAAGGCUACAAUAUUUAAAUAUACUGGUUUUAGGAUAAAAUCUGAAUUAAUAAUCAGUACACAAUGUAUUUAGUUUGAGUGAUAAUUAGGGUUGAAUUAAUAUAGUGUUUAUGGUUUAUCAAGUUCUGCUUUUUUUUCAUUUUAACGCUUGCUGUAAAUAUAUACACCUUUGUGAUAUUGAGCAUGAGUUAAUCACAUUAAUGCCUAAUCCAUUUUUAGAAGCUUUGAAUGUGCACAUAUAAGGCAAGAAUAAGAUAAAUAAAUCCAGCGCUCUUGUGAUUGUGCUGGGUUUAUAGCGGGGGUGUCAAACAUGCGGCCCGCGGGCCGGAUCCGAGGGGUCAUCCGGGGGUCCAGCUCAGCCCGCCGGAUGACUUUGUUAAGUGUGAAAAUUACAGAAAGACAUAAAUUGCAUUUCUAUAAAAGUAGCUAUUCCUAAUCAGUCCACUGGGGGUCACACUGUAGCAGUAAGCCCUCACAAGUGCAUCAAUAUUUUUGAUUUUACUGGUCUGGCCCACUUGAGAUCAAAGUGGGCAGUAUGUGGCCCCUUAACUAAAAUGAGUUUGACACCCCUGCUUUAUAGUGAGGCAAUUAAAAGGCCUUUGAAUGAUGAAUUAUAUUACUUUUUGGAUUAUUCAGUUGUUUACUGGUAACAAGUGUUUAUUUUUAUCUGUGCCUUUGGGGCUUUUUAUGAUUUGAAAUGAUGAGUAAUGUUAUCCUGCUGUUUAUAAUUCAAAUAUCUAUAUUUCUACUCAAUAUUAAAGGAAUUUGCCACUUUAAGAAAUCUGCAGUGAAUCCUGAAAUGUCCUCAUUGCGUGUAUUAAAUUAAUUGUUUGCUGAAAAACACUUGGCUGGUAAGACAGUAGUGUUUGUAGCUGCCAUCUAAAAAAAAUAAAUUCAAUUAAAUAAAUUCAAUUUAUAAAUAUUAAGAUUUGAUCAUACAUUGAGUUAUUCAUAUAGAUAUAUUUUUUUUAUGGUUUCUUAUUUUCUAUUGACUCAUAAUAUGCUUUUUUGAGUGGUUCUUCUUUAAAUCAGGUUUGAACUAUGAAGACAUUUUCCCUGCACACUAUCUGCUUGUGAAAUAAACAAUAAAUCGAUAUGAAAUCA